AGUCAGCGUUUGAAUUAACCUGAUAAAAUGUGAGAGUUUUCCCACCGGGUAAAUGUCAAACUCAAAACAAGUGUCAAAUAGUUACAGCGUAGAGGAUUGAGUGGAUGUGUUAAAUCAGAUAGUCGUGCUUGAAAAUUAAUUAAUUGCUAUAAAUUGUGAAAAAAUGGCUGGUAGUUAUUCGGAAAGAGUUCAGCAAGCUUUUGAUCUGAAUGACAGGCAAUUCUAUUUUCAAUUCCACUUGACAAAGCCUCUGGUACGACUUUUGAUUUCGGAUAUUCGGGAGUUUGCUCCUCCACCUCGGAGCAUCAGUGGUAUCCCCCUUGAGCUAAAAGUUCUCGUAUUCUUGAACUUUUUGGCGAGUGGAGGAUACCAAAAACGGGUUGGGUCGACCUUUUUGCUUCAACUGAGCCAGGCAUCAGUUUCUAGAAUUGUUGACGAGAUGAGCCGAAUAGUGGCAGUGAAUUUAAAAUCUCGAUAUAUUAUUUUCCCAUCCACUGUUGAGGAGGUUAAUAAGAAGAAAGAAGGGAAUGUGACUAUCGAGCUACCAGCACAUUAGACCCUUCUACAGAUAAUAAUGUAUCAAUCUCCGGAUCCAACCGAUCGAGAAGAGAAGCACUUACUGAGUUCUGUGUUCGAACAGGCGACCUUUCGGAAGCUAGCUUGAAUGCUCUAUCCAUUGCGCUCUGACUCCUUCGGAAAAUUUUUCUUAAUUUUCUUAGCUCUUAACGUACUUGGCUUUUUUUUUCGUCUAAAUAUUCAUUAAAAAAAAGUCUUAACUUUAAUUUUUUGCGUAUAUGAAAGAAAUGUUUAUGAUCCCUGUUAUAUUGUGCAUAAUAAAAGAUAUACUCAUAGGUAUUUACUAAACUUGUUUUUAGGUUUCGAACAAAGUAUCAUAUCAAUGGUAUUGUGGGUGCCAUUGAUAACACCCAUGUUCCG